AUGGCGGUGCGUGCGCUGAAGCAGACGGGGAGCCGGAACAUCGAGGCGGCCCUGGAGUACAUCAGCAAAAUGGGCUACCUGGACCCUCGAAAUGAGCUCAUCGUCCGCGUCAUCAAGCAGACCUCACCCGGAAAAGCCGGCAUGCCCAACGCCAUGGACCACCGGCCCUCCAUGGAGGUCUCGGGGGAGGCGGGCGCCAUGCCUCCGUACCACCAGAUGGGGGCGCCCAUGUACGACGGGGCGGCGGGGUACGGCCCCGAGGGGGAGAUGGCCCGGACUUACAUGGGCGCCCCCCCUGUUAUGAACUACAUGAUGAGCCCCCCCGGGGGCGCGGCCCAGGGCCCCAUGGGCCGGCCCCCCAGCAUGGGCAGCUACCCGCCGGUAAUGGCGGCCCAGGGAAACCCGGGCGGCGCCCUGUACCCCCCCGGCGCCCAGCAGCACGGGCCCAUCAUGAGCUACAACGUCCCCGGGCAGCCGCUGCAGCUCCAGGCGCCGCCACCGGGGGGCGCCGGCCCCGGCCCCCACUACGACUACGACUACGGCCACGCCCGCCAGCACAUCAUGGAGCCGGCCGGGUACGGGGUGAAGAGGACCCCCUCCUUCCAGAACAAGAUGCAGGCGCCGCCCCCGGACAAUUACGUCAACAUGGCGGGGAAAGGGGGCAUGGGGCAGAACGGGGGCGGGUACCCCGCCAACCUCUACCUCCCGGCCCACUCCCACCCCCGCCAGGCCAGCCCCACCUCCCACCAGGUGCACCUGAUGUCGCGCUCCCCCGGGGGGGUCGGCGGCGCCAUGGCGACCGACUUCUCCGACCUGCCCCAGGGGCUGAUGACGCCCUCCAGGGCCAGCCUCAACCUGGACCUGUACGAGCACCUGUGGGCCGCGCCCCCGGGUCCCGAGGGGGCCCCCCCGGCCCGCCAGGGCCCCCCCCAGGGCCCCUUUAGGGAGGUGCGCGCGCCGAGCCGGACCAACUCCUUCAACAGCCGCUCCGGGGGUCCCAACGGCCCCGGCAACGGGGUCCGGCCCGCCAUGGCAACGCCCCCCGCCGUGGGGAAACAGGAUUCCUCGCUGGGGCCCCCCAACACCAUCACGGCGGUGACCUCCCCGCCCAUCCAGCAGCCCGUGAAGAGCAUCCGCGUGAUGCGUCCCGAGCCCAAAACGGCGGUGGGGCCGUGCCACCCCGGGUGGAUGAGCGCCGGGGCGCCGGACGCCGCCGCCGUGGAAACGCUCGCCUACAUGGCGGAGGAGGCGUACCCGCUGGAGCCGGAGCCGCGCUGCCCCCCGCCCCCGUACCCCAAAAGCCUGCUCCUGUCCGAGGCGGGAGCCAUGGAGGGCGCCGACCUCGGCAACCCGGCGGCGAGGAACUCGCACGCCAGCGGCGGAAGUGGCGGCAAAGCAGAAGACGACCGGCAGGGAAAGGAGAAGUCGAAGCUCAGCAAGGGGGAGAAGGCCGUGAAGGACAAGAAGCAGAUCCAGACCUCGCCGGUCCCCGUGAGGAAGAACGGGCGGGACGAGGAGAAGAGGGAGUCGCGCAUCAAGACCUACUCGCCGUUCGCCUUCAAGUUCUACAUGGAGCAGCACAUAGAGAACGCCGGCCUGUCGGAGGCGGAGCAGGAGCAGAUGAGGAAGAUGCUGAACCAGAAGGAGUCCAACUACAACCGGCUCCGGCGGGCCAAGAUGGACAAGUCCAUGUUCGUCAAAAUCAAGACCCUGGGCAUCGGCGCCUUCGGCGAGGUUUGCCUCACACGAAAGGUGGACACCGGCGCGCUGUACGCCAUGAAGACGCUGCGCAAGAAGGACCGCGACAUCCUGGCGGAGGCGGACAACGAGUGGGUGGUGCGGCUCUACUACUCCUUCCAGGACCGCGACAGCCUCUACUUCGUCAUGGACUACAUCCCCGGGGGGGACAUGAUGAGCCUCCUGAUCCGGAUGGGCGUCUUCCCCGAGCCGCUGGCCCGCUUCUACGUGGCCGAGCUCACGCUGGCCAUCGAGAGCGUCCACAAGAUGGGCUUCAUCCACCGCGACAUCAAGCCCGACAACAUCCUCAUCGACCUGGACGGACACAUCAAGCUGACCGACUUCGGCCUGUGCACCGGCUUCCGCUGGACGCACAACUCCAAGUACUACCAGAAGGGCAGUCACGUCAGACAGGACAGCAUGGAGCCCAGCGACUUCUGGGACGACGUGUCCAACUGUCGCUGCGGCGACCGGCUGAUGACCCUGGAGCAGCGCGCCAACCGCCAGCACCAGCGCUGCCUGGCCCACUCGCUGGUGGGCACGCCCAACUACAUCGCACCCGAGGUUCUGCUGCGCAAAGGUUACACUCAGCUGUGCGACUGGUGGAGCGUGGGAGUGAUCCUGUUCGAGAUGCUGGUGGGGCAGCCGCCCUUCCUGGCUUCCACCCCCACGGAGACUCAGAUUAAGGUCAUCAACUGGGAGAGCACGCUGCAGGUUCCGGCGCAGGUGAAGCUGAGCCCCGAGGCCGUGGACAUCAUCGGCCGCCUGUGCUGCUCGGCGGAGGACCGCCUGGGCGCCAACGGCGCCGGAGAGAUCAAGGCGCACCCCUUCUUCUCCCCGACCGACUUCUCCAGCAGCCUGCGGCAGCAGCCGGCGCCCUACCGGCCCAAGAUCGCCCACCCCAUGGACACCUCCAACUUCGACCCGGUGGAGGAGGAGGCGGGCGGCAGCGGCGACAGCGGCCGGGCGCUGGACGCCCUCUGCUCGCCGCACGGGAAGCACCCGGAGCACGCCUUCUACGAGUUCACCUUCCGCCGCUUCUUCGACGACCACGGCUGCCCCUUCCGAUACCCGAAGCCCCCGGAGGCCGGCGAGGGGCUGCCCAGCGCCGCCACGGAGGAGGAGGAGGAGGAGGAGGAGGAAGAGGAGGAGGAAGAUGAGGAGGAGGAGGAGGAAGAGGGCGAGCAGGGCGAGGGAUGCGAGCCGGUGUACGUUUAG